AUGACCGGCCUGGCCGCGCGAGCGCUGCGGGGCGGGCCGGGAGAGCCCCGCGGGUACAGCACAGCGCCCCGGCGCCUCGGCUCCGCGGGCCCGCCCGAGACAGACCUGCAGGCAGGCGCGGGCCGCCCCGGCAAGAAGGCGUUUAGGGAGGCCGGCGACAUUGUGCAGGGCCAGAUCGGGACCUGCUUCCUCCUGGGCGCCUUGGGGUCCAUCGCGGGGGCGAGGGAAGCCGACGUGCAGAAGUUCUUCGUCAGCUACGAUGUUGACGUUGGCGUGUACGGCGUGCGGUUCAACGUCGACGGCGAGUGGACCUACACCAUCAUCGACGACGUGUUCCCCGUGGACGAGAACGGGGAGCUGCUCUACGCGCGGUGCAAGGACCCCCAGGAGGUUUGGGUCCCCCUGCUGGAGAAGGCCUACUGCAAGCUGUUCACGUGCUACGAGAUGUGCGACGGGGGGCAGCCCAGCGAGGCCAUAUCCGGUGGAUUCUCCUUCCUGGGCGGCGUCAACGGCAAGUUCCCAGUCAGGCGGCCCGACAGGCGGGACCCGACCAAGUUCUUCCAGAUCAUGCAGCAGGCACAGAGCAAAGGAUGGUUGAUGACCACGGGCUUCAAGAAGCAGGAGGGCAAGUCCAGCUCCGCCGGCAAGUGCGGCGAGGGCGUGUCGGAGAACGGGCUGGUGUGCGGUCACGCGUACUCUGUGCUGCGCGUUGUCGAGGGUGGCGGCGAGCAGCUGGUGUGCUGCCGCAACCCAUGGGGUGCAGGAGAGUGGACAGGGAAAUGGUCCGACGCUAACGAAUUCGGCGAGUGGACGGAUGAGAUGAAGGAGAUCACGGGUUACCAGGGCCUCGACGAUGGCAAGUUUUGGAUGAGCAUGGAGGACUUCGUGGCGAACACCACCGGCGUGGACUACGCCCGCACCUUCGGGCCCCACUGGAGCAAGGCGGGGCCAUGGCAGGGACAGCGCCUCGCCGAGGCUUUGGCCGCGCUCCCGGAGGGUGCCCGCGCCGCCAAGGUCGCCAAGGUGAAGGAGGGCAUCCUGAAGCGGCUCAUGGCCCAGGCCACCUCUGCGAGCGAUGCCGCGUCUGCCGGGUCGGGCGCCGCUGCAGGCGCGGCGGCCCUCGCCGCCGCACCCGCUCGACCAGGGCCGCCAGCGGCGUCGCCAGUGGCCCCGCCGCCCAGCGUGCCGCCGCCGCCUGGCGCCUCUGCGCCAUGCCGGGCCGGCCCGGGCGGGCCUUCUUCCGUUGGCCGGCGGGUCGCACCCCCUCCCAAUUGGUGGCGCCGCCUCGGGCCCUGGCCCCUGGACGGUCGCCUCCGCUCAUCCUCCCCCUAG